AUGGUCCAGGAGGUGGCGGCAGUGAGCUCACCGCCCAGAAGCCAAACCAAGAAGAAGAAGAAGAAGAAGAAGAAGAAGAAGAAGAGCGCGGACGCGUCUUUGGUCUGUAGACCAGAGCCGUUCUGCUCCAUCCAGUGUGCUUCUUUCUCUCAGGGCUUCCACUACCCCCUGUUCAUGACGCUGGUUCACCUGGCCGUCAUCUUCUGUGCGGCGGCGAUGACGCGGCGGGCCAUGCAUCGCUGGACGGGGAAACCCCGCGUGACUCUGGCCUGGAAAGACUACCUCCGUAAGGUGGCUCCUACAGCCUUAGCUACAGCGCUGGACAUCGGCCUCUCCAACUGGAGCUUCCUCUUCAUCACCAUCAGUCUGUACACCAUGACCAAGUCCUCAGCCGUGCUCUUCAUCCUCUUCUUCUCCCUGGUCUUCAAACUGGAGGAACCGGUGAGCUCCCAGGAUUUAGGCCACAUUAAUGGCGUCAGCAGCUUCCAGCAUGAAGAUCCCCUGUCUGCAGCGCUGAGUCUGAGUUCUUCAGAGAAGCUGUUCCGGGUGACGGAGCUCUCCCCUCUGCUCUAUUCCCUCCUGACGCUGAGUGUCGGCGGCACCCUGGCCUUCGGGUUGGGUUUCUCUGAGUUUCUGCUGGUCUCCAGAACCUCCAGCCUCACGUUGUCCAUAUCGGGCAUCUUUAAGGAAGUGUGUACGCUGUUGUUGGCCGCGGCUGUGAUGGGAGACAGGAUGAGCGUGCUGAACUGGCUGGGAUUCGUCGUGUGUCUAUGUGGGAUUUCUCUACACGUGGGACUCAAAACCUACUAUUCCAGAAGUAAGUGAACCCUCCGUGCCUCUGGGGAGGGGGCNUCCGAGCUGCAGCUUCCUUUGCUGCACAGCGGGGAGGCGUGUGAGGAUUCUGCUGAGGAUGAAGAGGAGGAGCAGGAGAUCUCCCUCCAUUGACAGGAAGCUCCUGCAGCUUCAUCAGAGGAGCUGCGUUCGACACACCUCGAGUUUUUAGAAGAGUGUCACUAAACAUUUUGGAGUCAAACUGAUAAUUAUUAAACUAGAGGAUCAAGAACUUUUAUGAUAGAAACAGAAGCAGAGCUUCUUCUCCAUAGCAACACUGAGCCAACAUGGCGGAGGAUCGUCUCCGCUAUUCAGCCGCCAUGUUGGAAAUCCUUCAUAUUAGUAGGAAGGAUGCUGCUGCUGCUGGACAAAGUGGACAUUUUAACAUCUAAUUAUUUAUUUUACCAAAGCAAUGUUAUUUUUCCCCAAGGGAAAGAGGCCAAUUAUGUGUAAAAUAAACCACAGAUCUCAUAAUUCUCCAUUAAAUUAUGGAAAACAUUCAAUCUUUUUAUUAAUUAGCCGUUUAGUUUGUUCUGACGGUGAGCUGAGACCAUGAGGUGGGAUGGAUGCGGUUGCUCUCAUCCCAGCAGGAAAGG